CUCCGCCGCAAAGAAAGUCCGACAUGAGACUCCGGGCGUUUAACUUCAAAAACCUCCCGCCUCUCCUAAAACCGCCAAAACCCCAAUACUCCUCCUCCACCGCCACUCCCCGCCACUUCUCCACCGAACCUCAGAACCCUCCACCACCAACACCACCUCUGCAGUUUUCGGAAGACCACAAACACACUAUACCCCAAAUAGUCUCCCUCCUUCAAACCACCAGCCCGGAUGAGUGGCCCACCAACACCCACCUCCACCACCUCCUCCUCUCCGCCUCCCCCCAUUCCCUCCUCAAAAUCACCCGCCAAUUGGGUUCCUUGCAAAAAUCCCUCCAAUUUUUCGACUACCUCAAGAACGACUACCCUUCUGAUUCCUCACCCACUUCCCCACCGGCACCUCUUGGCAUUUCACCUCUUUCCUUCGCAUUUCAAGCUGUCCUGGAGCACGCUGUGCGCGAGGAGGACCCAAAAUCACCUGCUAAGCUCCUCGAAUUGUUCAACUUCUCGAAAGAACAAAAUGUCCCUCUUUCACUCAACUCUGCAACCCUUCUGAUUAAGCUCUUCGGACGAGCUAAAAUGUGCGAUGAAUCCGUGACCGUGUUUAGCGAACUCCGCCCAGAUUUAAGAAACAUCCACGUGGUUAAUUUGCUGUUAGAUUCGUUGCUGAAAUCAGGUCGCAUAGAUGAUGCGUUGAAGAUGGUCGACAAAAUGCUUAAGUCGCAGUUAAACGUUCAGCCUAAUGACACUACUAUGGAUACGGUGUUGUCAGCAUUUUUUACUAGAAAUUGGAGUGGGAGAAAUGUGAGGGAGGAAGAGAUUAUUGGCAUUGUUUCCGGGUUUGGGGAGCACGGUAUCUUUCCCGAUAGCGUGUGGUUAACUCAAUUGGUAUCCAAGUUCUGCAGGAGUGGGAAGUGUGACAAAGCUUGGGAGGUUUUACAUAUGGUAAUGAGAUUAGGUGGCGAGCUAAAUGCCGCUCCUUACAAUGCUCUUUUGACAGGAUUGGGUAAGGAGAAUGAUUUCCGGAGGAUGAAUUUGCUUAUGAUUGAGAUGAAGGAGAAGGAUAUUUCACCUGAUGUUAAGACAUUUGGAAUCUUGAUUAAUCAUUUGUGCAAAUGUCAUAGAGUGGAUGAGGCGUUGGAGACAUUUAAGAAGAUGAGGGGUGGGAAUGAGGGUGACGAAGUUUGUGUGGUGCCUGACGUUGUUGUGUGUAAUACUAUAAUUCAUGGGCUGUGCAAGGUGGGGAGACAAGAAGAAGGGCUGAAGUUUAUGGGAAACAUGAAGUUGGAGCAUGGAUGCAUGCCUAAUACUGUUACGUACAAUAGCAUAAUUGAUGGAUUCUGCAAAGCUGGUGAGAUUGAGAGAGCAUUUGAGCUUUUUGAGAGGAUGAAGAAGGAUGGGGUAGAGCCGAAUGUGAUCACGCUCAACACCUUGGUAGAUGGAAUGUGCAAAUGUGAGCGAGUUGGUAGCGCCCUCGAGUUUUUUGAUAAAAUGCAAGAAAAGGGUUUGAAGGGCAAUUCUACAACUUACAGUAUCUUGAUUACUGCCUUUUGCCGUUCCAACAACAUUGAUAAGGCAAUGGCAUUGUUUGACCAGAUGUCACAAAGUGGCUGCCCUUCAGAUGCAAUUGUGUACUACAGCUUAAUAUCAGGCCUUACCCGAGCUGGAAGACUGGAUGAUGCUAGUUCUUUUGUGUCAAAAUUGAAAAAAGCUGGGUUCUGCUUGGAUAUCAUCACUUAUAAUGUUCUAAUUGGCGGAUAUUGUAGGAAGAAUAAAUUUGAACAAGCAUAUGAGAUAUUUAAAGAUAUGGAACAUGCUGGAGUGAAGCCUGAUCGUGUGACAUACAACACACUGGUUUCAUAUUUUUGUGAGAAAGGGGAUUUUGAAACCGCACAUAGAUUGCUGAAGAAGAUGAUGCAAUAUCGUUUUCUGCCCAAUGUUGUGACUUAUGGAGCACUGAUCCAUGCAUAUUGCAAGGCGGGUCACCUUGAUGAAGCGAUGAAAAUUUUCAAGGAAAUGAAUUCUUCUUUAAAGGUAUCAGCCAAUAAUGUUAUAUAUAAUACUCUAAUAGACGCUCUUUGCAAGAGUGACAAGGUAGACGUUGCACUUUCUUUAAUGGAUGAUAUGAAGGAGAAGGGGGUCAGAGCAAAUACCACAACAUACAAUGCCAUGCUUAAAGGCCUUCGAGAGAGGAAUUGGUUGGAGAAAGCAUUCAAACUUAUGGAUGAAAUGACAGAGAAGGCCUGUAAUCCUGACUAUGUUACCAUGGAAAUCCUUUUGGAAUGGCUUUCUGCAGUUGGUCAAACAGAAAAGUUACGACGCUUUGUACAAGGAUACGAGGUUUCUGCUUCAGUCCCUUAGAUCUUAGCAUACCUGUGGAAGAAUAUGAUUCCUACUCGAAUUUGCUAUUCUGCAGCAACGGGAGAAUCAGCAGUUUGCUCAAGUUGUUGGGCAGAUGUGAAGGCUCUGAUGCUGUAUUAUUUUCUUCAAACUUUGGCUAUCGAGAUUGUAUCACUAUGACUGAGUUAUUGGAUAUUUUGGCCAAUUAAAAUGCACUUGACUGAUUUUGUCUGUCCAUGCUGUCUUGCAAACUGGGAUUAGAUACAUAAUUACCCGGAUACAUUCACUUUGUUAUUUUUGUUUGGCUGAAGUCAGCAAUUUUAAUCUCAAACACGUGGAAAUAAAAGUUUCCUUGACUGCUCUGA